AUGCCAACGAUGAGCCAAGAGACGCCAGUGCUCAAACAAGACUCAGAGAUGACAUUCCAUAAAAAAAUAUUUCCCAAAGGUACUGAUAAGUUUUUUCGUCUGAUAACGCAGGACAGGCAUUUGAAUUUUGUCUUCAUUUUUUGGAAACAGCAUUUUAUUCGUUUACUCACUUUGACUCCGAUCCUUCUUCUUCAGCUUGCUGCUGCUCUUGCCCAUCUCGACUGGAGCAGGGUCUCUCCGAAAAGGCGGGAAAACACGACAGCUGACUGGAGAACGUCACGGCGGGACACACGCGUACUCAACCAGGGUUCGGGCCAGACUGAGGCAGGCUUCCCGUCCCGUUGCCUCCCCCACCAGUACGGUACCUCCCGUACAUGGAACGUUCGGAAAUGA